AUGUCCGGGAAAGCUACUUCAAGAGCUUCCAUUCUCGAUAGACCUUUUUUUGCAAAAGACCUUCUUCUCUCAAUACUCUUUCUACGCCUAUGGUUGGUCGGAAAAAUAGGCUAUACCUGGGAAAACAACCCUGCUCUUUCGUUUGUGUUGAUGAAGGAGCAACAAAACCAAUCUCAGGAAAAGGUAUCUAAAACACUAGCGCAGAAGAUCGGAACAUCUAUCGUGCGUGCCAUUGCACCAUCGAAGAAUUUUGCUUCACACCACUCGGAUGUCCUUGAGAACUUGAGUCCGACAGCCAUGGACCGUGUAGAGAUUCUGAUAAUCUUCCAGUUAGAUGAAUAUGACCACCAUGAUAAAAUGGAAUCAAGGAGAGGCAGCGGUAGAAGCUUAGUAUCAGAAGUUGUAACAACCUUUGUAUACAAAGACACAGCUUGGAUUUUGAGGUCGGAGAGCAAGAGGAUUAGCCAAUCAGAACUCGGCAAGCGUCCUGACCCAUUCUUUCUACUGGAUCUCCUUGAUUGGUUUGAAGAGAGCAAAUACGGUUGGCUAGCUGAUGAUGUUAAGAGGCUUUGUGAGCUCAAAAGGAAACUCUUGAACGGUUCUGUCUCAGUGGAUCUGCCUCAAGAAUCAGUCACUACUGAAGAUUGCUCAGGAUCUGAUGCCAGUCCUGAACGUUAUAACGAGGAGGAUUCAUCAUCCAAGACACCUACUGAUGAUGACAAUGAAACUCAUCUAAAUGGAGUUUAUGAAGAAGAAGAGGCAGAACUCUGGAGGCAAAUGGCUUUUGCUCAAGAAUCAUCUAAAGUAACGGUGGAGAAUGUACAAGACAACGAUCCCAAACAAACCGAAGACUGUGAGCACUCCUUCAUCUACAAGGAUGACGUUGGAGAAGUCUGCCGUGUUUGUGGACUCAUCAAAACACCCAUCGAAAACAUCAUCGAAGUUGUCUACUACAAGCCCAAGAGAUCAGGAAGAGCUUACACACGCGAACAAGAAGAAGAAACAGAAACAACGAGGAUGGACUUCACAGAAACCCACUCUUCUUCUCACACCAACAACAUCUUAGGAGACAAGAUGUUCAUCCAUCCAAGGCACGACUAUGAGAUGAGACCCCACCAGAUCGUAGGCUUCAAGUUCCUAUGCAACAACCUCACAUCCGAGGAGCCAGGCGGGUGCAUCUUAGCCCACGCGCCGGGAUCAGGCAAAACAUUCCUCCUCUUCAGCUUCCUCCAAAGCUUCAUGGCCAUGGAUCCGCAAGCCAAACCGUUAAUAGUCCUCCCAAAGGGAAUCAUAGAGUCUUGGAAGAGAGAGUUCACUAAAUGGGCGGUGGAGAACAUCCCUCUCUACAGCGUCAAAGCCGAAUCAAGAAAACAGCAGCUAAAGGUUCUGAGAGAAUGGGUUGAAGAGAGAAGCAUACUCUUUCUAGGCUACCAACAGUUUGCAAAGAUCAUAUGCGAUGAUAGUAUUAUCAUAGAUGAUGAGGUGUCAGAAGAUUGUAAACGUAUUCUCCUCGAGAAGCCGACUUUGCUUAUCCUCGACGAAGGACACACGUCUAGAAACAAAGAGACUAACAUGCUCAUCUCCCUCGCACGCGUCAGGACACCUAGAAAAGUGGUUCUCACUGGUACAUUUGUAUUCAUAAUGGCUGAUUGUUACACUCUAACUCUAAACAAUAGGUUUACAUUGUUCACAUUAAACAGAUUUGUGAGAUUAUGAAUGGUGUGGUUGAAGUUGAAGGUGCACCGGAAGAACUCUGGAAGGGUUAAAGCUGGUGGUCAAACGCUUCAUCAAGCAGGUAGAGUUGAAUAUUGAGUUUGUACACAAUACUAUCAAAGCAUCAUAGCUACCAUUUAUAAAUUACAGAGAGCUUUUAAUUUGGGUUUGAAGUCGUCGCUGAUAACUGUUUUCGAGAAUUCAAGAUCAUGUUUGAGCAAAUAGACUCGCGGCCUUGCAAAAAGAGAUGACCGAGCACAAAAACACUACCCAACAAACAAACAAAAAACCCAGAACAUCAAAUAAUAAUAUUAAUAUUUACAAUUAUUCCAAAGUAAAAUCUAAUUACUUAAAUUAUUAAAACAAGAAACUGUAAAAUUAAUAUUACAUCAACUGUGAGAAAGUAAACCUUUUAUAACUUUACAACUAAAAAUAUUUCUAAUCAUGAAGCGAAAUUUCUUUACAUCACAAAACAAACACAAAAAAAUAUAAAUUAAAUGGCAAACUAUAAAUGAUAAAUUUUAAUCUUAUAUAUUAAAACAGAAGUCAUGACUUUUUUCAUGUGUGAUUUUUUUAGUUUGGACCAUGGGGAAUUGCCACUAAUACCACUUUUCUAAUACCAUUUUUCAACUUUACACUAACCAAUUUUACCAUUAAAAUUUUAAUAGGCAAAAUACCAUUAUACCCCUAACUAAUUAAACCUAAAACUAUUCUUUUCUUCCCCAAGAUUUCUUCAAAUCUCAGAUCCAAAAUGAACGAUACCAGUAAUCAAAUCCGACGAAUCAGACGAUGUUGACGAGUUCUCCGGCGCUGAGGAGUUCUCCGGCAAAAUUUCUGACUAGUUGUACAGCGAGAUCCGACGAUGCUGAUGAGCUCAAACGAACAAGACGAGUUCUCGGCGAGAUUUACGAACACUGAAGAGUUUCCGACGAGAUCUGACGACGAGUUUUCCGGCGAGAUCUAACGAUAACGAGUUCUCCGAAAAGCUGACAGACUCUACAAGCUUAGACGAACGAGACGAUCUCUUUCCCUACGUCUAAGAAACGCUAACAAAGGGAAUUACAAAGGUGUGCUGUGAGCUUUUGGAUUUAUAGGAUGCUGUGGAGAAUAUGUAUGGUGAUAUGCAUAUCAAGUACCUCACUUUCUUGAGAUUUUGAAGAUCGACGAGGUUGGUGAGCUGUUUGAAGAAGCAAGAGGGACUCUGAACAAGAACGUGACAUCUCUUAAUUAGGAUGCUGUCGCGUCCAAGGGCUCAGACAGUACUUGUAGAUGGAGCUCUUAGGGAGGGCGAACUGCUGAUUCCACUUCCUUCACUUGAGAUCUUGGUGCUUCUCACAUUCUGUUCUCCAUCCACAGGAGUUAAGGUAAGUAGUAGUAUUUAUAAAACUAAACCAUGAAAUGAGCUUGUUUGAUUAUGAUCACAAGCAUGGUCGCUGUACAGUCUACAGAGAGGAUUGAAGCAGUAUAUCCCUUGCUGAAGGACGUGGCUCUUUCACCAGAUAUGUCUUUUUGUGUUGAUUAUCUUUUUGAGGGACUUUAGAAAAAUUAACUUGUAAGCCAUUAUAAAUCAGUUUAUAAACGUUUAUAAAUCAUUUUUGAGUUCUUUA